AUGGCGACCGGCAGCAGCGUCAACCCGUUUAAUCUCAGCGACUCCGAGGAGGAGGCUGAGCGGAGGCCGGACAGAGCUGACAACCAGCGGGGCUCUAACGAUGGACCGGCGGGGCAGCUGAGCGGACCUCUCUCGCCGCAAGCUGACUCGGAGCCGACAGGUCUGCUGUCCAGCAAUAGGACGAGUCCCAGUGUGGAAGGUGUUUCUGUGGCUGCUGCAGCAGGAGGAGGUUGGGCAGAAGUCCGGGUGCCUGUGGAUGUGAUCGCUGCUCAGUUGCUUCGGGAUCAGUAUGUCCUCACGGCCCUUGAGUUCCACACAGAGCUGUUGGAGGCCGGCAGGGAGCUGCCUCGUCUCCGGGAUUACUUCUCCAACCCGGGUAACUUCGAGAGGCAGAGUGGGACCCCACCCGCUUGCAAGGAUCAGGGAUUCGGACAGUCGGGACAGCUCAACCGAGCCGGCAGCAUCAGCACGUUGGACUCCUUGGACUUUGCACGGUAUUCUGAUGAUGGCAACCGAGAGACAGAUGAGCGUGUGGCAGUCCUGGAGUUUGAACUACGGAAAGCCAAGGAGACCAUUCAGUCCCUUCGUGCCAACUUGACUCGGGCAGCAGAGAGCGAAGUUCCUUCACAGGAACGAAAGAAUUAUAAAUCGAUUCCUGAAAUUCAGGAAGCAAUCCGACCUCUUGAAAAAAGAGCACUGAACUUUCUUGUGAAUGAAUAUUUAUUAAAGAAUAAUUACAAACUCUCGGCAAUCACGUUUUCCGAUGAAAAUGGCGAUCAGGAUUAUGAGCUGUGGGACGAUGUCGGGUUGAACAUUCCAAAGCCUCCAGACCUGCUCCAGCUUUACCGGAGCUGCGGGAGCCACCAGACUGCCUCCAGGGACGCGGUCGACGCUGCUGUCGGGGUGAAGCUUGGGGAGCUUGAGGUUCUCGCCACCACCAAAGAGGCCCUUCACACUGCUGAGCAAACACAGCAAAGCAUUGUAGUGAAGGACCUGGAAUACCAGAUCAAUCUCUUAAACAGCGAGAAGCAUCUUUUGGCUGAACAGAUCAAAAAGCUUCAGGGUGAAAUAGAUGCCCUUAAAGUAAAGAACCUCACUGCUCCAUCAUUUGUAUCAGAAUCAGGGAAGCCAGCGUCAGAUCAAGUGCCUCACCCUGACCCCAUUGACAACGGACAGUAUCUGGACAUCGCAGGCCCUGACGCGGUCAGCAGAACUGCACAGCGAGAUCAUAUCCCUAAUUCCAUUGGGAUUAACGCAAACACACACUCUGACCUCCCUACUGCUGAAACACUGUCCGCACACUACACAAAGUUAAAAAAUCAGGCAUCCCGGAGCAAAGCAUCUGUACAGUUCGAUCAACCCAACAGGAAACUAUCCCCUGCAUUCCAUCAAGCGCUGCUGUCUUUCUGUCGAAUGUCAGCUGACAGUCGUCUAGGCUCAGAGGUGUCCCGUAUUGCAGACAGUGAAGAGAGCGUCACGCUGAUGCUGGGCCGCUGCUUACCGCACAUCGUGCCCAACGUGCUUCUAGCGAAACGGGAGAGAAUGGUUGUGCAUCUUUGUCAGGAGUUGAUCCCACUGAUUUUAUGUACAGCCUGCCUUCACCCUGAGCCCAAGGAGAGAGAUCAGCUUCUUCACAUUCUCUUCAAUCUUAUCAAGAGGCCGGAUGAUGAGCAGAGACAGAUGAUCUUGACGGGAUGUGUGGCAUUUGCACGUCAUGUUGGAGCAACGCGUGUCGAAGCUGAGCUUCUACCGCAAUGCUGGGAACAAAUCACCCACAAGUACCCGGAGAGAAGACUGCUGGUUGCAGAGUCUUGCGGAGCCCUUGCGCCUUAUUUGCCUAAAGAGAUUCGCAGCUCGCUGGUGCUCUCAAUGCUGCAGCAGAUGCUGACAGAAGACAAGGCAGACAUGGUCCGAGAAGCUGUGGUCAGAAGCCUCGGCAUCAUCAUGGGGUACAUCGAUGACCCAGAUAAAUAUACCCAGGGCUUUGAGCUGAUGCUAAUGGCCCUGGGGGACCCCUCAGAGAGGGUAAUCAGUGCAAUACACCAGGUGUUCGUCCCAGCUUUCGCUGCCUGGACCACAGAGCUGGGCAGCCUGCAGUCCCAGCUCAUUCCCACACUGCUCAGCAGGAUUGAGAAGCUGCUCAGGGAAGGAGAACACAGACUGGAUGAACAUAAGCUCCACAUUUACCUGUCUGCACUCCAGUCACUGAUCCCUGCCCUGUUUGCAGUGGUGAUACAGAAUGCCCCCUUCACGAAUAUAGCCAAGCUCCAUGGAGAAGUGCUGCCCAUAGAAGUUACCAGGUUCCCUCGACCAGCCUCGCCGCUCCAGGACGUGGCCACCAUCAUCGGCAGCAGAGAACAGCUGGCGGUACUGCUUCAGCUCUACGAUUAUCAGCUGGAGCACGAGGGGACCACCGGAUGGGAGAGCCUGCUCUGGGUGGUCAACCAGUUGUUGCCGCAGCUCAUAGAAAUAGUUGGCAGGAUCAAUGUUGCUUCCACAACUUGUGUCCAUGAAUUUUCCAGAUUUUUCUGGAGGUUGUGUAGAACGUUUGGGAAAAUCUUUACAAAUACAAAGGUGAAGCCACAGUUCCAAGAAAUCCUCCGGCUUUCUGAAGAAAACAUUGAUGCUACAGUCGGAAACGGCAUCCUAACAAAGGCUACGGUACCCAUCUAUGCAACAGGUGUUCUAACGUGCUAUAAUCAAGAAGAAGACCGCAAGCUAUUGAUAGGAUUCUUGGAGGAUGUCAUGACAACCCUUUCUUUGUCGCACGCGCCUCUUGACAGCCUAAAAGCUUCAUUUGUGGAGCUGGGUGCCAACCCUGCAUACCACGAGCUGCUGUUAACAGUCCUGUGGUAUGGAGUAGUCCACACAUCGGCACUUGUGCGCUGCACUGCUGCAAGAAUGUUUGAGCAGAUUCUGCGAGGCAUGAGCGAAGCCUUAAUUGACAAGAGAGUAGCUCCAGCCCUUGUUACCUUGUCCAGUGAUCCUGAAUUUUCUGUAAGGAUAGCUACAAUACCUGCAUUUGGUACGAUCAUGGAGACAGUUACACAAAAAGAGCUGUUGGAAAGAGUGAAGAUGCAGCUGGCCUCCUUUUUAGAAGACCCCCAGUAUCAGGAUCAGCAUUCUUUGCAGAUGGAGAUCAUCAAAACAUUUGGAAGGGUUGGACCGAAUGCUGAGCCCAGGUUCAGGGAUGAAUUUGUGCUUCCUCAUUUGCACAACCUGGCUCUUGGUAACAACACGCAGACGGUGGAAAGCAAGAGGCAAGACAUCGCCAUGCAGCUCUUUGAAGCCUACAGUGCACUGUCCUGUUGCUUUAUUUCAGAAGACUUGAUGGUAACCCAUUUUAUGCCAGGUCUGAGGUGUCUGAGAACUGACAUGGAACAUCUUUCCCCUGAACAUGAGGUUAUUUUAAGUUCCAUGAUAAAGGAAUGUGAGCAGAAGGUGGAAAACAAGAUGGUUCAGGAACCUCAAGGUUCAAUGUCCAUUGCUGCAAGUCUUGUGAGUGAAGACACAAAGACCAAGUUCCUCAACAAAAUGGGUCAGCUGACCACCUCCGGGGCCAUGUUGGCCAAUGUAUUCCAGAGGAAGAAGUGAAGAUGAAGGCCCUGCUCUCACCUGACACUAACACAGGCCUCCUGCAGUCCAGCAUCUCGAACUUGAACUCAAUCAUCUGCCUUUUUUGUUUGUUUGAUUGUUUGUUAUUAUUAUUAUGUUUUCUGGUGAUGAUAAUUUUAUUCAACUUUAACUUCCAAAGAAAUGCGCACUCCAAUUGGUUUAAUUUGGUGUAUAUCUGUUGUAUUUUGUUUUAAUUAUUUUUUUUUUUUUAAUAUGUGGUCGGUUACAAAAGUCCUUAAAUUUGCUCCUCCCUGUCUUGUCUCAAUUGUUUUGUGUUGUUAUGUUUCUGACAUAGUUUUUAUAAAGUGGAUAGUAAUAUUUUGGGCUUAAUUUUAUUUUUUUGGACGUAAAUAGCUGUAUAAUACACUGAAUUAUUAGAUCGGUACCUGUAUAAUGUAAAUUUGAAGUCAAUGUCAUAAAGUAAUAAAAGUGAAGAAUACUUGUGUACUUAAAUUGUGAUAGUCAUGCAGACUGCUUUUUAUUAUAUGGAUAGUUUCAUAAGCUACCAGCCCUGUGCCUUUUGGAAUAAUACAACACUCAAAGGCUUAAAAUGGGAUUGGGUUUAUAGCAAGGCAGUCAUAUCUACAUCCCCAAAUAUCAUGCAGAAAUAUCCCUAAUAAAAUGAAAUGAGUAUUGGUGGCAACUUCAUGUGAAUUCCUGCAGAAUCUCGUAAGAGUAACAGUAUAAGAGUGAAGAAUACCUUUUUAAUAAAAGUUCUAGUUACACCAAGGCCCACAUGUUCAUAAAGAGGAACACCUCUGUUUCAUAUGGAAUUGUUAUAGGUCUGAAUUUACAGCUGUUAUUUUGUAGUGUUGAGAUCACUUGGAUAUUUACAGUUGUAUUGGAAUGGGCAGUAAUGUCUAUGAGUUUUUAUUUAUUUAUUUAUUUUUAUUACUAUGCCAACGACAUGAUUGGGAAAAUACACACACUGGAAAGUUAGAGAGGUAUGUGAUUAAUCGAGAAAACAAUAGGUUUAGGUGUUUUAUUGUAUAUAUUUUUGUGAUAAGAGAGCAAUGCAGUAUGUCCAGCACAACAAACCUCAGGUAAGAUUGGUGUUAAUGUGAAUUACCUGUAUUGGCAAAGACUAAUACUUUGGGGGAGGGACGUAACAGUAGGCUCCCAUUGUUUCUAAUGGACUUUUUUGUAUUUCUGUUUUUAACUUUACUCAAGCUGGUAUGGGUAAUGUUAUUUCAAAGAUGCAAGCCAUUGGCCAAUGAGAUGAGCACCACUAUGACACAAAUUGCCAACAAUACUACCCACGUCCAUUGAAAUACCUGCCAAGUUGAAUUACUCCAUAGCGUGUACCAUUCAACCAAUCAUAUCUGUGAAGCGGGUAGGGGACUUUUGAAGCGCUCUGUACUUAUUGGUGCUGCUGCUGGCAGGGAGGGCUUGAUAGGGCUGCUGGUUAGUUUUUUAAAUGAAGUUAAAAGGUCAUUUUCCACUUAAUUCUUUAUUAAAUGUUUCCUGAUGGCAGACAUAAAACCUUCAGUAAUUCAUUUACCUGUAAAUAUCACAUAAAUAAGUUAGUUGUGAAAGUCUUAUCUAUCCAUGUGAUUUUGCUGCUGUGAGAUCUAAGAUGCGAGAGGCUGAGUCUACAGACUUCUUGGUAGAACAAACUACAUGCAGUUUGGAACAUUUCUGUAAAAAAAAAAGUCAUUUAAACAAAUAAAAUGGAUGGAUGUAUGUAUGUACGUAUCUUGGUUUCUUUUGUUUUAAUAAAUCACUUUGUACUUCA